AAUGUUUACUAUUCUUCCGUCGCAAAAACAACUCGGCUGAACUUCCCGAGUUAUCAAUACCUGUCCUUCUUACCCAUACGGUUAUCUCUCUUAUUUGAACUCUUCUAAUCCGUUUUCGCUUUUCCCGCUAAUACCUCUUCACUCCCUAUUAUCAUCACAAUCUCUGAACUCGACUUGGUUUUCGUAUUCUCUCCGGAAACCACUCACCUCUUUUGAAAUUCGGUAGCGGCAACAACCCAUAUUCCACAUGGUUGCCUGACUUUCUAGGGCGUCGCCUUGAUCGCUCUUUGCCCACCAUGUUUAAGGCCUUUCUGGCCGGGGGCCGUUCGUCCGAUGCCCGCAGCAGCUCUAGUUCUAAAAGCAACAGCCGUCGCAGAACAGAUCCCAAAGCUCCCUCAACAGUGAGCCGCAAGCCCUCUCGGGGUGACGACCGGGAUCGUGGCUUGGGUGAUCUGUCCGCCUAUUCAUCAUCUGGCAACCGCAGCAAGCGUUAUGCGCCCAGUGCGGCAGGCGAUUCCGUUGCCUCGAGCUAUACGACGGCAGAACUGGGUGAAUUCGAUCGGAAUGUUAUUGAACGAGCACCAAAGCGCAGAGAUACCGACGAUAGUGGACGUCGCGAUCGCUACCCAGAUAGCGAUGGUAGCGAAGACAAGCCCCGACGUAGACGGAAUCGAGCCCGAUCGCCGAGUCUUGAACGAACCCGUGAACGCGACAACAACACGGAUGAAGUAAGCGAAGGAGAUCGUGAAAAUAUUUGUCGAGAGAGACGACGUACCCAAUCGGGCGAAUGGCACACAUCGCAAGGUGUGAUCGUUUCUGGUGCUGAUGCCCCAGAGAUGGAAUCUUCGGACCAUCCCCAAUUUCCCCCGCCAAUCCAUAAUACACCCCCAGUCACAUCUAUACCAGGCUCGCCCAAUGCACCAGGUGUCUACGACCCUCACGUACAGCAGCAAUUCCCGGGACAGUUUCCGGCCUUCGUUGCUGAACCCUACCGACCACCAAACCCUGCAGGCGAAGCAGCCGAUUACUAUGGCGACCAAGGGCAAUCGGUCGCGCAACAGCCUGGAGUUCGGCCUAAACCCCCAGCGGUUAUCCCCAACAGUCAAGCGCACUUGAUGCCAGCAUCACCAAGUGCUAACCCGCCGCCAGAACCUAGUAGUAUGGGACAACUCGGCGCUGCGGCUGACUACUAUACCGAUGACGCCAACUUAGAGGGCCAAGCGCCCGAGCAACCAAAUAAACCCCCUUCGGAGCCAACAUCUAAGCCUCCCAGACCCGCCAUACAAACUACAGGGGUUCCAGGGCCUGCCACAAACGCCACUACGCAUAACGGGGGAGGAAGCCCUCAAGAGGAUGUGGGCUCUGGGGCCCAUCCCUUGCCAGUUGAACCGACGGUUGACCCGACUGCCGGUACUGACACACAAAAACCCCCUAAUAGUCAUGUUACAGGCGCAACUGUUGGUGCGGCAGCAAUGGGUGCAGCUGCAGGUUACAUGCUGAACCACCACCACCAGUCCUCUCUGGGUGUAGAACAUACCUCUCAAUACAACAACCAGAAUUACGAGGAGGCUUCCGCGAAUGGUGUUGGAUACGUUGGUCCAUCUAUGUACCCUCAUCAGCCCAACACACCCCUCUAUCCCGCCGAUGCCGAGGAAGCAGGAGCGUAUGCUGCCCAUCCAUCGCAUCCUCAUCAUGCAGCUCUCUACCACGGGGCCCCUUUUCAGUCCGGAGGGUUGGCUUUCCAGCAACGCCAACGCGGCCCCCUGGACAGAUUCAUUGAUUUCUGGCGUGAUCCAGAAGGUGUCGGUAUGUUUGAAGAUUAUACUGAAACCAUUGGGGUUUGCAAGUACUGUUUCGAACCUGGCACCUCCUCUCGCGACGCACCUAGGAAACAUGUCUAUAAACCCCAACGUCUGUCCAAUGACCGCUAUAGCACUGGCUCCCGAGUGGAUAAGGCUAGUCGUUACUCAUCCUCAGAUGACGAAAGUCGAUAUCGCAAGAAGACCUCUACAAAGUCAUGGCUGCCUGGGAUGCUUGCUGGAUAUACAGUCAAGUCGCUCUUUAGCAAUAAAGACUUUGAGGAUACCUAUAACGUCCGAUCUGGUCGAGUUCCAGGCUCGUCACAUGAUAGUGAGAGCUUAUCAGCGCUCGAGCAGCGAAGUCGGACAUCCCGUGGAGUCUACAGGCACUCUCACCGCCGCUCCUAUGAAAAUUUUACCACGGGAAAUCACGAAGAAACUCGACAGCGGUCGCGUUCGACGUCCCGAUCUUCGUCGAGAUCUAAGAAACAUGCUGCACUUCGAGAUGCAGCUUUGGGAGCUGCAAUUGGCUCAGCAGCUGCGACAGGAAAUCAAUCACGCCACCGAAGCAGCAGCCGCAGUCGCAGCCGGUCGCCUCGGAAGACCAAAAGCCGGAAAUCCUCAUCGUCCGAUUCAUCUUUUCUUGAUACCCCUAGACCAGCUCGGAAAUUUGUGGGUGGUGGCUUGAGCUCGUUUUUCACAAUCUCUUCUGAGAAUCGCAAAAAACGGCCGGCAAAGAAGCGAAGAAGUAUCUUUUCUUUCAACAACUCAUCCUCAUCCUCCCUAGAUGCCGACCUAGCAUUUGGAAGUGGUUAUACAAAGAGAUCAUCAGACAAAUCUAAAAAACUGAGCAAAAGAAAGGAUCGUCGGGAUGUGGAUGCGGCGCUGCUAGGACUAGGAGCGGCAGCAACAGCCAUAGCUGCUUCGGCUCACCACCGGAGUCGACGAACGGGCGAGAUGUUCGCUAGGAAAGAACCAAAACCCGCUCACCGAGACUAUACGUCACCUGCAAACAGUGACGAUGCUUGGGAGGACGUUGACUCAGGCGACCAGUCCUCAUCCAGUGUUAGUUCAGCCCUUGCCUUCGGAGGCAGUGGUCUGUUUGGCAGCCAUAGCUCGCAAUCUUCUGAGUCUGGUACAUCGUUGUGGGGCUGGAGAUGGGGCAACAGAAAAGGCAAAAAGCAGAAGGGAGAUAAAUCGAAUGCACCGGAGGGUCGUUUUCCUACUGGCGCUGCUGUAGCGACAGGGGCUUUAGGAACAGCUGCAUUAGCUGCAGGUUAUAACCGGGAAGGGAAAAUCAUCAACGAGGACACCGGAAGUGGUAAAGGAAGCCUUCGACAUGUGGCUCCUGUGCCUACAAGCGACCCUUCGCGCUUUGACGCUAUCAAUAUAUCAUCUUUCCCCUCCCAGCCAGCUCUAAUUCGCCCAGGACCCAUCCCUCUUCAACAGCCCCAGCCGGUGACACCGGUCUCUCAGGCUGUUUAUACUUCUCAAGGGGAGACAAUUCAUUCCUACACAGCACCAUCCGGGCCCCCGUCAUUUGACAGUACUUUUGCACGCUAUGGAUACCAGCCUCAGUCUUCACGAGUUAGUCCGAGGACACAUCAAAUUCCGGCUUACCCCGACUCGGAAGUUCAACCGAAAGUGAGCCGACCCCCUCAUCGAAGUGACUCCUCACCUGUAUUCCACAUGGAAUCAUUAGAGAGUGCAUUGAUGACCAGCGUGAAGCGCCGCUCUACCGUGAAAGACCAGGCAUCCGUACAAUUUGAUCUCACGAGGGAACAAGUAGAGAAAGAGCGACGUGCAGAUCGGCUUGAGCGCCUCAAGCGUGAUACCGAGCUCCAAGAGGGAGUUCAACUAAUUGACAGGGAGGGUGAAAUGGCGCCCCAUGAGGAUGAACGCAGGUCAAGACGCUAUUACGGGGAGUAUCGAGAUCCUGAAUAUGGUGACCGGGAACAAUAUGGUCGAGAUCUUCGAAGGGACAAAGACUCAAAAUCGUGGGUUGGCGCAGCCGCAACCGGCGCGAUGGGUGCUACAGCUGCAGCUACGGUGCUUUCUAAUAGUGGCUCCUCCGAAUCAAGUCAGAGACGCCAUUACGAGCGCUCGGAGAAGCGUCGUGCAGAACGACGUCGUAUUUCUGGCUCUGAUUCUAUAUCGUCCCGUCUUCCUAUGUCCGAGCGUGCCUAUGAAGAUAUAGACCAGUACCCGAGCUCGACUCAUCAGGAGGAGCAUAUUAAGACCUCUGUAUUUCGUGAUGUUUCGCGCAAGAAGCCAGUUUACGAUGACUAUGCACAAUUUUUUGCUCCCGAGGAGUUGCGGCAUAGCUCUGACGCGCAUGCGCGACACGAGCCUACUUCAGUACCAACAAUUAUAGAAGAGGAAUUUGCGAGUGAAAGGGGCAAGGCGACCGAGGCGACGUAUCCAGAGUAUCGCGGCCUACCAUGGCCAGUUCCAGAACUUAAGCUUAUCGAGCCCACGCCACCUCAAAGCCAGAGUGGCUCUGUCAGAGAUACUACCUCCCCGACUCCCUCGGCGCCAAGGGUGUAUGAAGAUGCUAGAACAUCAUCAAAAAGGCCAACAACCAGCUCCCGCGUGUCUUGGGGUGAGCAUGAAACGCACGAAUACGAAGUCCCGUCUACAUCCUCGGAGUUUGAUCCUACUGACCAAGAUGUUGUGACACACCAAGCGCAAGUCAAACAUAUUGAUAGCGAAUUUACUCGAGAUAUACCGGCUAUUCCAGUUGAUUCGUCCAAGGGUGUCACAAGUGAUCAUGGUGCUGAUAUUGACUUCGCAGCAACUGUGGCUGCAGCAACCGCAGCCGCAGGAUUUGGUCCAUCGCUUGUAUCGGACAUUAGAGAGAAGCUGGUCUCUCCAUCAGAGACACCUCAUGGAUAUGUCGAAGGUGAGGCAGUAGCAUCCGAUGAUGGAGCGAGACAACCGCUGCUAGAGAAAUACAUUGAGAACGGACCGCUUUACUCUGAACCUGAGUCUGUUGGCGAGAGUAAUAGAGCAGCUUACGAGGUUCAGUAUCCAUCAUCGAUUGCUCAAGAAGUGAUACGGCAGCUCACCGGAAAUAAAAAAUCCGAUCCAGGGGAAUCUUCUGGAACGGCCGUCGAAGAACUGAAAGAUGACCAACAAACCUUGGGCUUUCCUGAUCGACGUGCUGGGUCCAAGUUAACUCCAGGCAAAGCUUUCGAUAUGCCUGGUAGUUUUGAGCCGGAAGACUUAUUUAGACCACAGAAUCUACAUGAGAACGCACAAGAAUUAGUCCAGGAUGAUUCAAGGUCAAGCGUCUCCGCUUCUAUACCCCAUGGCCGUCAGUCUCCAACGAGAGUGGAAGGGCAUAGGAAAGAUAGUAACGAAUUCAACGUGACUGAUACGGCCACAUCGCCUACUGUCCAAGAAGGCUCUACGGAAGGAAAGAAGAAGCGAAGGAAGAGACGCUCUAAACGAGAUAGUGAUGCUUUUGAUGACUCCAUCUCUGUCACAUCCUCCCCAGCUAGAGUUGAAGAGGCCAAUGAUGGACGCAGGAGUACGGAAGAAAAGGCAAAAGAGAAGACGAUGGGUGGGCUUCUGAGUAACUUGUUUGGACCCAGAGCCCCCGAGUCGGUAACAAGCAAGAGGUCAUCAUCUUCCGAUAACCCUCGAUCUCGGGAGGCCCAAUCCGAGGUUGGGCCCAGGCUUUCUGAAGAGUCUAGACGGCAGCGAAGGGAUGAAAGGCGGCGACAAAAGCACGGAGGAUCAAUGGACUCUGGUACGAUGGAGCGCGAGAAGGACCGGACUUUAUCGCAAGACAGAGACGCCCAGGCGUCUUUUUUAGCUGAACGCCCCGAAAUGCCCACUCAGGUAGGCAACAAUGAUUAUGAAGGUGCUUCGGGGCGUUUUUCCUCGGUGGAUGCAGGACUUAGAGGAUUGGGAAUAAAUGUUUUCGAACAGCGACCACGGAGUCGUUCGGCAUCCCCUCCUGCAUCGGGAAGAACUAUUGACCUAAGCCCUAAGUCCCAGAGUAGACCAACAUCACCUGAGCUGGCUGGGUCAGAGAAAGAAAACCAGGGUCAAGAAUCACGGCGGCCAUCCGGAGUACGACCGGCAGAGUCCCCUACCGCCGUUCCUUUGCACUUUCGUCGACCCCCAUCCACGUCACCACGGGCCCAUCGUUCGCUGUCAGCCAGCUCUCCUGCAAUGUCAUCUCCUGGCUCCCCAACAGGGCGCGCUCGCCGUCCAGCUUCUGGAGAAUUCAUCAAGUCUAGAGAGAUGCGGCCCCUGUGGCUUGUAGAACGCCAUGGUAACAAGGUGGAACCUCAGCCUGACGAGCCGUUACCUUCUUUACCAUCAAGUAAGACAUCAUCAGCAAAUGCUUCCGCCGAGGAUCUUGCAUGUCUGCAAGGUGAGAAAAGUUGGGAAAAACUAGACUUCCGCCAAGACAUGCGUGAAAACCAGCAGUCUGUUGAUGUUGAUGUUUUGUCUACUCCGUACCAUGAGGACAAGUCUCAGCAUGACGGGGUUGGUUCUGAAGAAGCGACACCUACUGCCGCAAGUUUCGGGCAAGGAAACGCUCAUCCCACAAUUCGGAAGGAAAAGCCAAAAUACGAGUUCCAUUCACCUUCUGAGCUUCUCCAGGAUCCAAGUACAUAUGCAGAGCUGCCCUCUUCUCCAACAAUGGAUGCUCUUCCUUCUGUCGAGGGCUCUGCGGUCGACGUGAGAAACGACGGCAGGCUAGAGCGCAACCUUGAUAGCCUUCCACCUCUACCUGUAUCUCGACCUUCUACUCCUGAAAUCUUACAAUUUCAUGCCUCAGACGCCGCAGAACCACGCCCGACUCAAUCUCAGGCGGUGCCAGACAUUGAAGCCCCGACCCUCUCCGGAUCUGUCGGUACACCUAUUGCUAAGGUAGUGGGAGCGGGUCCCCUGGAUCUUCAGCAAUAUGACAAGGGGAACUCCACAAAGUCCACAGGAGCUGAUAACGAAUCAGAUGAAGCUCCAACGUCUCAUGAACCAGCUUCCCGGAGCUUAGCGGAUGAGGCUAUCCCGGUACUUCCGGAUGUCCAGCUCUCAACAACCGAGCCAGAGAAUGUUAGAAAGGACAUUUCUGCUCGAGAUGCAAAAUCUGGGUUUUCUGACAUUGUAAAUGUUGCAACUGCAGCUGCUAUGGGACCCGCAGAUGAGAAACAUGAAUUCUCUGACGAAUCGUUACACGCUGGAAUUUCCGAAGAGGCAAAGGCAGGAGUAGAUCCUAUAGCAGAUGGAUGGAGGCCGCUACAAGAGGCGCAACCUGCACAAAAGUCUAUACCGGACGUAAAUAACCUUGCAACUAAGAACGACAACGAGCCAUUUGAGGACGCUAAGAUCAGCCCGAAAUCUGAUCCAAACUUCUCUGGUGCCAGCGAUGUUUUUCUCGAUGAAGGAAAACAAAAUUUCCCUGUCGAUCAAUCAGCGACCGAAGAAUCACCCGAGCCAAUAACCGGGAACGUGGGCAGGGUUGCCGAAGAAGCAGUUCAACCGCCCUUUGAAGAAUUAGCAGGAGAUGUUAGUUCUCCAGGCUUAUCCAAAAAGAAUAAGAAAGACCGGAGGAGACAACACAAGAGCGUGAAUCUGAAUGAAGACAGUACACCGCCGGCCCAGGAUUCUCCAGCUACAGCUACAGUAUCACCUUUGACCCCGGGAUAUGUUGAGACAAUGCAUGAGACAAUAGCUGAAAGAGAACUUUCAACUGAGCAGGAUGCCGCACCAAGGGGCAAUGAAAUCUCAGCAGUCGAGGAAGAACCUGUUGUAGACCUCUCAAACACAGACGAGGCAGCUAACACACAAGAGCCUGUUGCGGAGACCUUCAAAAGCAAAGAAAAAGUGGAUGUGCAUACAUUUGAGAGGAGUCUGACCAAUGAGCAGGAUCCUGUUAUGCAGGUUGGAGAUUUGCAGAACGUCCUCGACCCAGAUUCACCCACAGAUCCGUCUAAAGAGAACCCUGUUUUGGACCCAACACAGUCAGACAACUCUCUCCUAACCGCACACACUUCUACUACUGGACAAAUUCCCGGUUCGGAAGCCUUAGAAACAGGGGUGACACGUGAGGCGCAGAUGCCCGAGGCUACCAUGAUUCCUGGACAGGGGCCUGUUGUGGGGACCUUCAAAACUGAAGAUGCUCCUAUUGUUAUCGAUGCUAACACGCCGGAGCAGGUGGCUCCUAUGCAUAUGCCCAGGACGGAAGAAGCUCACGAGGACGACGUAGCGUCUGGCAAGAUGCCAGAUUCCGACGCAAAACCAGCAUCUUCUGCAGGAGAAGCGCCCGACGACACAGACAUCUCUAGGAACUUAAAGUAUGAAAAGAACAGAAGGGAAAGCAGGGGCUCAGCUGGAGAUGAGAGCGUUGAAAGGCCGAGUAGACUAGGAGUUGUGACAUCCAGUGAAGUUGCUCCAGAGGUUUCUACUACGCAAACAACUAAAAAGCCUCAGAAAGAUACCAUCGAAGACUCCACAUCUUUCAAAGAGGAUUUACCGACUCCCAAGGAAGAGAUUUCCUAUAUUGCUGAAGAUUCGGGGCAUCCUACAACGAAAGGAGUUGAAAGCGUGGAGAGGUUAGUCGAGUCUAGCCAGCAGGACGUUGUGCAGCCCGAAAAGCCUGUUGAACACUUAGCCGAGCUUGAGGAACAAGACAAAGAGCACCUACAGCCAGAAUUACAAGGCUCGCCAGGAGAACAUGUUCCCACGCAAGAAAAACCGCCUGGAGCUGUAUAUGGGUCCAACGAAUCUAGCGCUGCAGUACCAGAGCAGAAUAUGGGGGCUGGGUCUCCGGAUAUUCAUAGGAGUGAAAUUGGUCUUGCGGCAAAUUUACAUGAGGGACUGAGCACCGAGACGAGUACAAUUCUGCCUGCCUCGGUUGAUUCUAAACCCGAGGUAGCACAACUGGAGGACGAGCGACAUGUCCCAGAAGAAGCAGAAGCUCCAACGGAACUAGGUUCUGGAAAGGUAUCACUAGAACAACAGCAGUUGCAGGGUGCUCCUGCGCCUGUCGAUUCAACAACUCCUAGCCUAGCACCUAUGAUUGCAGAAGCUAGCGAACAAGCACAAAGAACUGACGCUGCCAACGUAGAAACUGAGAUUUUCUUGCCGCGGAAAAACAGCAAGAAGAAAAAGAAGAAAAACUUGCGGAAUAGUGCUACGGACCCGGGACUGGAGAAGGAAUCAGAGGAUGCUCCCCCGGCCGUGGCUUCUGAAGGAGUCACGCCCCUGACAGAAGCCCAGCCUACUGUGCCUCCCAACGAAGGGCCAGAAGCCAGGCAGCCUGGGAAAGCCCAGGACGGUAAAAAUGAAGUUACCGUGAACAUUCCGUCCGAGAGCACGCGGGAGGUCGCUGCAGAUACGCAGAUCAAGUCUGAAGUUGCUAGCUCGGCGGAAAUGGUCCUGACACCCAAUUUAGAGGAGACUCCGGAGGAGCAGCCAAAAAAGAAGGGCAAAAAGAACAAGAAGAAUCGAAAAUCAAUAUCUUUGUCGGAUUCCCCUGCUGAGACCCAGCCCCAGCCUCCACUCUCCGCCGAGGGACUUAUUGCUGAGAUUCUACUGUCAGACACAAGCGGUGUGGUGCAACCAACGGAUGAUACGACGCUACAGGAAACCACAGCGAUUGAAGAAGACGCUAUCCCAACAGCCGAAAAGGAGCCAAUUGCACUUGUGGAGAAUCCGGCUGAAACCAAUGUUAAUCCACCACAUAUGCCUGAGCAUGUGCUAAGCGAUCUUGUAUAUGAUCCCGAACAUGAAGCGGGGGAGACAAUACCGGCAGGCAAGAACAAGAACGAUGAACCAAGCUUGCAGUCUACACCUGACACAGAUCUAUUAGCUGCCGAACUUCCGUCGGGCGUUGAAGUUGCAACUACGAACACAAGCUUUCUUGCUGAAGAGCCUUCUCUCAUCCACGGUCAAGCAGUAGAUCAAAGGGAGAAUAUUGGGAACAAAAAGCCCGUGGACAUCCCUGAAGCUGCGGGAGACACAGUUUCGCCAAAACCAGCAUCCGCACUGACUGCUGCUCAAAAGAAGAAGGCCAAGAAAGAAAAGAAAAAACAGCGCAAAUCUGUGCCCCUAAAUGAGCCAUCAACUCUUGAGCCAGGAGUUGUCUUGAGCCCAGCAGAUGAUUCUCUGGAACGUGAUUCAAAUCUGGGUAAAUCAGCGCCCGCUCAAGAACCUGAGGAUCACCCUGCUUCAAUCAAGGAGCCAACCGAUACGGAUAAACUGGUGAAUGAACAAUCUGGACUUGAAACAAUGGCGGAUACGGAACCCAACAUUGUGUCAAACAACGGGUUUAAUGAGAAAGGCCAAGAGCCUGCGCAGCAAGAGCCUAAGGAUGUACCCGGUGACAUUUCCGAUAUUGCAGCAACUGAAGUAGCAGAUGUAGAUCUGAGCCAAGCACAACAUACCGAGGCUGCACCAUCAAUCUUGGAAGCUACCCGUGCGAACGAAGAAAAACUAAAUGUCGCCGCUGAGCCUGCUGAGGAACAGUAUACAGUGGAAACAGCAAGCGUCAAGGAAGAGGCCGUGAGCGAAAGUCAAGAUGAGAUAGAGCCUGUAGAUGACAUUGCGAAUGUUGUACCAACCACGAAUGUGGAGGCAACCCGGAGGCAACCUCAAGGCGAGGCAUUUGGCGAGAAAGCCUCGUCUGAGCAGGGCAAAAGUGAUGAGGUCUCUACUACUAAAGUUACUUCACAAAAUGCAGAUGGCGACCCUGCUGAACCUUUCACCCCUAAGAAGUCGAAGAAGAACAAAAAGAAAAAGAAACAGCAGUCAUUCUCCUUGGAAGAGGAUCGACCUGCCGCCAUACAGGAAGAGACUACCGAAGAGCCUGCUGGUGCGCGUUCGGAUUCGGUUGAUAUCUCUGGACAACAUCAAUGUUCUCUAUUUGGUGAUGAUGAUGAUGCAGAACAACCACGAAACGUUCCUUCAGAACAGCCUGUGCAACAUUCGGAAGCAAAAGAGGAUGAGCCCACUACGGUUGCAGAAGAGGCGGAGCCUACAAGGCCUGUAGAACCUGAACCUACAGUGGAUUCCCGAACGUCAACCUCGAAGAAAAAGGCGAAGAAGGAUAAAAAGAAGCGCAAAUUAGUUUCUUUCGCAACUAAUGAAGAGGAUGCUUCUGUACAGUCAUCCAAAAAUACCGAAGUAACGGAAUCUACUGAGCAAGUUGGUGAAGCUAGCAAAUCUCUAGAACCAAGAGAUGAGCAAAUAACUGAAGAAUGCACCCUUACUCAGACAAGCCAGGAAGAUGUUGGUAGUACUACUAACGAAAGAUCACAGGAGACAGAAAUAUCUGUGGUUUUACCUGAGGACGUUUCCACUACCACACUCGGGUCGAGUGAUUCAAAGUCAACAGAGGAGGUCGCACUACAAGACGAACAAGCCACUCAGCUGUAUAUGAGCCCCCUUCCUGGAAGAGGGGCCAUUGCCCCUGACCCCAUGACUCAAGCGUUCUCAGCGGCGGAAGAGCUAGCAGAUAAUGCCACGGCUCCCCAACCAGAAGAUAAUACCAAAGUUGACACCCAAGUGUCUGAGACCCCUAAGGAUAAGGAAGAAGAGCCGGAUACAGGUGCUCCGGCUGCCAUAGGAACUAGCGAUCAAAGUGAAGUCAUGUCUAAUCUAAAAGUCUCGAUUCCAGAGACACCCUCUACGCAGGAGCCUACUGAGGUACUUGAAGAGGUUGAACAAGAGAUUGCCCCUUCCACGUCAAAAAAGGACAAAAAGAAGAAGAAGAAACGCAAAACCCAAGAAUUGAAUGAAAGCGAGUCUUCUGUUACACCUGAACCAAGCGCUGCACAGACAUUAGUGCAGAUUGGGGAGGUUAACCAACCUGCAGCUCCGGAGGUAAUCGAACGUGUUUCCGAGUUGGACAAUGUCACAAAGUCUCCCGAAGCCUCGAGCGAAAUGCCAGAUGUUUCACCGGAGCCAAACGCCGAAGAUACGCAAGCUGAAGCUGAACAAGCAGAAGCUAACUUGGCAAAGGAGCCAGAAGGAACUGCAGAGGAGGUAAGGGAGCAGCCUCAAAAGCCGCAAGAUAACAGCCUCCUUGGCAUGUCGGCAAAAGAAAGGAGAAAGGCAAAAAAGAGGGAGAAAAAGCGCCAGUCAAAAAGCCUCGACACUGAUAACGCUACCUUCACCGCCGCACAAGAAGAAAAGGCUCAAGACCACUUGACAAAUGCGGAUGCCACUUCUGCUGAAGAUGCCACUCAUGAUACAAACGAAACCCAAGUGUCUGCUGAAAUAAAACCCUCAGACCCAUCGGUCGAUGCAACCCCGCCUGCUGAAGAUGACGGUAAAGAAAAUCAGUCCCACGGCACCGAGUCCCACGGCGAGAACGAUAAGAAUCUGUUUUGGACUGAUCACAUGGUAUCUUCGCAGGUAGAUCAACAACAAGCGACUCCCUUCGAUUCUCCUCCCCAACCCGCACCUGAGAAUAUCGAAGCCGAAACGGGAACUGUCUCCGGAAUAGUCAAAUUCGCUGAGGAAAUCGAGGUAGGGACCAGAGAUCUUCCUUUAAUGGACGAGCAGGAGGCAACUAGCGGGGUAGUCAGGAUUUCUCUGGAGCAGCUACCCGCUGAAGGUUUUGCAGCGAAAGCAAACGAAAGAGGAGAGGUACCAACACCAGACGAGGACGAGCUAGUGAGCCAGCGGGGCAUAACUUCGGAAACAAGGGGCCAAGAUACUACCGGGGGUGUGAGGCUGGCCCAAGAAACUGAGGGGCUGAAUAAGAGAGACGAAGAUGCGGCCACUGAAGUUCCGUUCACGGCUGUUGAGAUAGUAGACGACUCUACGAGUGGUCUGCAAGCGCCGAACGAAGAUAUGGUUGUUCUGCCCCCGGCUGAAGUUGGAUCUCCCCAAGACCUAAGAAAAUUGAGUAACGAUUCAACAUCUGAAAUUGAGGAGCUUGAUGCAGCGAUGGGCUCAACAAAGAAGGCUAAGAACAAAAAGGACAAAUUACGCCAAGUACAUCAGGCAGAAAACUUUCAGCGAGAACAAUCAACUGGCGAGCACAACGAGGAAGUGCAGGCCUUCGCGUCCUCAAGUGAUCGACUAGAAAACGCUGAGUCAAACCUAGACUCCAUCAAAGCACCCGAAGAUGUUAUGCUCCGAGCGAAAGACUCGGAGCUGCAAGAGAUCAACGUUGAACCGGCUACCGAAAGUGAUGGAAUGGAAAAAGAGAUUGCGACAGAUCUCGUCUCACAACCCCCGAUAAUACCGGAAGAGAUCCGCAAGAGUGCUACAGAAGAGACCAUCGCUCCAGAUACUACUACGGAAUCCUUAAGCGAGACGCAGGCCCAACUCGGAAACUUGUUGCCGAUUAUCUCCAAUGAAGGGGACAAAGAAAGCACGACAGCUUUCGCUGAAGUUGGAAGGGCAGUCGAAAAACCAGCUGAAAUUGAGAAAACACCGGCUCUGGUUGAGACUGUCGCUGAACGUUUUGAGACCAACGAAAGAGUAGACUUGAUGCAUGUGGAAUCCUCCGGCCUCGAGCCCGAGUCAUUUGCUGAAGACAGGGAACCAUUGCAAACUGGCAUCGAGACUGUACGCGAAGAGCUAGGCCACGAAUUAUUAAAAGAGGUGGCUGGCACAGCCGAAGGGGAGAAGACAGCACAGCCUUUGAGCCGCAAAGAUUCGAAAAACCAAAAAACGAAGGCGAAAAAACAAGCAACGGAAGCCUCGAUUGAAACCUCAGCCGCUGCCCCGCCUAGUUCUGCAAGAGAGCCAGAUGCUGAAAGCAACCCUGAGGUAACAGCUGGUCCAAUAACAAUGGCCCCCGCCGAUGAGUCCAUAUUUGUGCCUGAAGAAAAGCCUAUGGCAAUGCCAGCUCCACAAAGCGAACCGAACGUACCGAAGGAGGCAUUUGAGGUCACUUCUGCGACGAAAGAUGAAGGUGCGCUUAUAUUGACAGAGCUUCCUGACGAGGGCCUGACCGAGCAAGAAAUUAUUGUAGAGAGACAACUGCAUGAUCUACUGGGAAAAGAGGGUAAAGGCGCUGACGCCCAGGAAAAACUAAUAAGCCAGGCUCCUGGGGAAGAUGAACUUGGAGCAGCAGAAGAGUCUAAGGGAUAUUAUAUGCAACAGGGUUCUUCUGUGCUCUUACCUGGGAGUUUAUCAGAGGAGAAAGGGAGACUUAGGCAAAAUGCUGAGUCACAGAUCGCUGAGCAAACAGAAAAGCCGACGUCAGAUGGACAAACUGAUUCUAUCGAGGAGGCUCAGUUCGAUCUAGGAGCAAGGCCAGAGGAGCCAGGGGGCUCAAUGACUGAAGAGCUUAAAGCGGAAGACCUUCCUCCCGGAACGCCAUGCGGAAGGAACAAGAAGGAAAGCAAAGAGGACCUGGGUGUAGGAGAAAUUGAAAGCGUCAGUGAAGAGGGAAAUGUGGAAGCUCCCAAAGCCCAGGGCCAGUUCGAAACCUUGACAACCGAGCGGUCUGCAAAGGAUGACGAAUGGCCAUUGAUAGAUUGGGAGAAAGAACGUGUCGAUGCUAUAGAAGAGACUCCCCAAUCUUCACCUGAAGUUUUCGCGGCCCCGUUUGAGCCAGACGAGCCGGCUGAAGCCAAAAAGGCAAAAUCAAAUUUGGGGCCGCGAGAAGAUUCUGAGGCGAUAUAUGCGACGCCAGAAGCAAAUGCCAAGACUGCGGAGUCUGUUGUUGAUAUAUCUACUGUAUCCACAGAGCUCGUUAGGGAGCCAGAGUCAGAAGCGACCCAUGAGCAUGCCUUAGAUGAUAUGGGAAGCUUGGUUAAUGACAAACUGGUACUAGAAGAAGGGCAUUUCGGCGACCUAUUACCACCAAGCCGUCACAGUCAGUAAAAGAUGGGGCUGAGGAUGAGACCCUUGACCAAGGAGCGAAUCGCGAUGCGAUGCAAGUCUCGGAAGCGCCCAUCGCUACCAGUGACGGUAAGGACAACG